AUGGUGUCUUUCUCUUGCGAGGCAUGCGGUGAUAUCCUCACUAAGAAGAAGCUCGACCCUCAUCGCAACCAAUGUCGCGGCGCUACCUUCACCUGCAUUGAUUGCAUGGUGCACUUCUACGGAACCGAAUACAGAUCGCACACGUCCUGCAUGAGCGAGGCGCAAAAGUACCAGGGAGCUCUCUACAAAGAAAAGCCAGUCAAGGGCCAAAAGAAGGGGCCGAACACUGCGAAGAACCAGAACCAGAACCCCAACGCCCGCCACCAGCAGCCCCGUGUUGAGGAUGGCUCCGAUGGCGAGGGUCUCAAGAACGUUCCUCCUCCCCCUGCUCCUACGCCCCCGCCUGCUGGUGAGGUAAGGACUCCUGCGGCUGCCAAGAUUGAUAGCAAUAAGCCUGUCAACGUCUUCGACUACCUGGUUACCGACGAGACCCCGAACUCGUCCAAGGUCUCUCUUACGCCCAAGGAGCAGAUGAAGAUGGUAUCGAACGCCAAGUCGGUCUUCGAGCCCAGCGAUUCCUUGGCCAAAUUCGAAGCCAACCCCACUACCGAUGAUGAGGGUAAAAACUACGAUAUCGCCUACGAGCAGAACGGCUUUUCAUAUGGCGCCGGCAGCAUCCCGCAAUCGAACUCGCCCCCGAACGUGUCAACCGAGUUCGUCACCCCCGCCCCCAAGGAUAAGAAGAAGAAGCGCAAGGAGGAGAAGCAGGCCGGCACUGUCAGCGAGAAAAAGCGCAAGCGUGGCCAGCCCGAGGUCCUCAGCACCCCCGGCGAAGUUGACACCGACAUGAUGGAUGCCCCUUCGAGCAUCAUCAACAAUGCCGGCACACCAAUGCUAGCCCACUCCGGCCUGACCGGUGGUCUAAACCGAAUGAUGCGCUCCGCCUCACCAGAUGACAGUCCCGACGCCCGCCGUGGCGCCUACCAAGACACGUCCUCACCGAUCAAGCGCACGCGCCGCAACGGCAAGGAAGCCAACGGAAACGGCGAUCAAGGUCUAGGAAUCUCCAUGAGAAACCGCGCCGAGCGCCUCGUUUCCUCGAUGUUCGGUGGUUCAUCCGUCUCCAGUGCCAACGGCGGUAACACCGAAGUAACUUCCAAGGCUGUCGUCCGCACCCGCCGUGGCAGCGCCUCCAGCAAUGAUGACCAGCUCGAAGUCCGCAAGAGCAAGAAAUCUCACCGCUCGCGCACUGACGGCCACGCUGACAGCCGCGAAAGCCGCAAAUCCAAGCGCAAGAGCAGCAACCCCACUGACGGUGACCGUCCCUCCCGCCGUCUGAAGCAGGUUGAUGAGCGUCGUUCCCGGUCACCCGACGGCCGGCAGGUGGCUGUCUACAAGCAGUCCAGGCCUCCUGCUCGUACCGAUGAGGAUUUGCAGCGUGAGCUGGCGCAUCAUUUCCUCUCGCUGGUUUCGAGUGGUAGUGAGCGUGGUUGCUCGGUUAAUAAGACUUUAAAGCGGUUCCACCGGAAUCUUUCUUACGAGUAUGAUGAUGAGGAGGAUCGGGAUCGGAGAUUUGAUGAUGAGAAGGAUUUGUGGAGGGCUUUGAGGCUUCGCCGCAAUGAUCGUGGUGAGAUUGUUGUGUUUGUUUGA